AUGAGGAAUCUUGGAAAUCAACAUACAAUAACUGAAUUAAUUGAAAAUACAGUCUCACAUAUUUCAAAGUUUUCUUGGAAAACUAGAGAAGGGAACAUUUUGAAACUUUUUGCAUGUAAAGAGGAAGGUGAGAAACUCAUUUUCUCAAAAUUUCAAAUUUUUCCAGUAAAAAAUUACAACAUGAGGAAUCUUGGAAAUCAACCUACAAUAACUGAGUUAAUUGGAAAUACAGUCUUACACAUUUCAAAGUUUUCCUGGAAAACUAGUGAAGGAAAAAUUUUGAAACUUUUUGCAUGUAGAGAGGAAGGUACGAAGCUCAUUUUCCCAAAGUUUUAAAUUUUUCCAGUGAAAAACAGUAACAUGAAAAAUUUUGGAAAACAGCCUACAAAAACUGUAUUCCUUAUUGUUUUGAAUUUUUUAAAUUUGGGCCUGUGA